GAAUUCAGUUUUCGAAUUUUAAAGAAACACAACAAAAUUGAAAGAAUUUAAUAAAAUUAAAAUAAAGAAAUGACACGAAGCACAGAAGAUAAUAUGAAUGCAGUAGCAAGUGAGACUAAUCAAAUGGAUACAGAUUACGGUAAAAACUUCAAAAUUCUUCUGCCAAAUCAUCAAAUAAAGGAAUUACAGACAAUUUUAAGAGAUAAAAAUACCAACAGAAGUGACUUCAAAUUCUAUGCUGACAGAUUAAUUCGACUCGUAAUAGAAGAAAGUUUGAAUCAACUUCCUUACUCAGAUUGUUCGGUUGUAACGCCUACAGGGGGAAUUUAUGAAGGCUUAAAAUAUCAAUCAGGAAACUGUGGAGUGUCAAUUGUUAGAUCUGGCGAAGCUAUGGAGCAGGGACUUCGUGAUUGCUGCCGAUCAAUUCGAAUAGGAAAAAUUUUAGUCGAGUCAGAUGCUGAAACUCAUGAAGCUAAAGUUGUUUAUGCAAGAUUCCCCGAUGAUGUUGCGAGACGACAAGUUCUGCUUAUGUACCCAAUUAUGAGCACUGGGAACACAGUCGUACAAGCUGUUAAUGUCCUGAAAGAACAUGGCGUUCCUGAGAAAUGUAUUAUUCUCUCAAAUCUCUUUUGUACACCAAUUGCAGCGCAAAUGGUCAUUCAGCAUUUUCCGGAUAUGAAAAUCCUCACAUCGGAAUUAAAUCCAGUUGCGCCAAAUCAUUUCGGACAAAAGUAUUUUGGCACAGAUUAAUAAAGAUGAAAAUGUUUAUAUUGUGCUAGUUUUUGCUAUUAAUGAUCAACUAGAUGGGAUCAUUUGAAAAAAGUUUAAUUUUUUAUAAAUUUAUGUAUUUCAAGCUCAAAUAAAUCAUCGAUUAAAGAUGAAUGUGUUUUAAAUUA